AUGAAGGUCCUAUUCUUGAUUGGGCAUAUUCUGUUGGCUAUGGUGUGCUUGUCCACCGCUGAACUGGACUGGGCAAAAUGGCCUUGCGAGAAGCAAAAUGAAAGAUCAGCCGAGCUGAAACAGCAGCCACUCAGACAGCCCCCUAUCCAAAAUGUCUACACCCGAUACACACGCCAACUCUAUGUUCCCGUCUUUUAUCCACCAAAGACUUCCAUCCAGUAUCCAUAUUUCUCUAAGCUCGCCUGGCAGAGACCAUAUUCUGCCUACAUACCACUGCUGUCCACUAUCCACCCUUGGGCUCUGGUUCCUAGCAACCCACAGCCUUCCUUCCCUUUGAACCCCCCCCAAUAUGCCCAGGUUCCACCCCCAUCAAGUCCUACCAGCAGCCCCACAGCUCCCGCUGAGACUACAACCAUUCCCAUCACUGAUACCGCAGCUGCCACAGUCGCCCCAGAGGCCACUCCUAAACUGGUGACCACGGAGGAGAGCACAACCGCGACGAUCCCAACGUCCCCAGCCCCUGCACAGCAACCAUAAGAAGUGCUCUAUGAAGCCGAGGUCCUGCUGUGUCUAGUGAAAUGAAGCUCUCGCAAGGACUCUGCUGCCCUGCCCUCAGCGACAGCAUGCGAUUUUCAGGAGAUAGAGUCGCUCUGUUCCCUCAAGCUUUCCA